AUGAAUUUGUAUUCCGCUCUCUUUCUAUACGGAUUCAUAAAAGCUGGUUUCUAUUCAAAGCGAGGCUUAUUAUCGUACGAAAAACACUUGCGUAAACACAUUGCGGCGUUCUAUUUUCGGUUAUAUUUACAAACUGAAAAGAUGAAAUUAUUAUUCAUAGCCUUUUGCAUAGUGUUAUUGGCUUUAAAUGUUGCCGAUUCCAUUCCAGUCGAUGGCGUUCUCUGCCCCAUUGGCAAAAAUGAGGUCUUCCUAGAGCUGGGACCGAAUUGUGAUCGACAUUGUAAGACCCUCAAUGAACCCUGCAUCAAGAAGGGUGAACCUCAUCGCACAGGCUGCUUUUGCCGUAAUGGUUUUGCACGCGAUGACGACAACGAGUGUGUGGCUAUAAUAUUAUGCGGUAGAUUGCAGAACUCUUUGAGAUGAGGAUGAAUAUGAGAUUUGUUUUGAUAAGAGUUAUAGAAAUAAAAUAAAAUUAUAAUGAAAUUA